GAUGAUAUUUGCACUAACCUACAAUGAGACGGAAAUGGUUAGGUGUGUAAGCGAACUGUUGAGGCUGCAGGGGAAAUUGGCAGGGGAAAUUGCUCUUUCAUCUCGUUACUUUGCGCCUCAUUGCGUUAUGAUAGGCUAGUAUAGCUUCCAUCAAUAAACACGCCCAGACGACCAGCCUUAUUGAAGCUCCCGGGCAACGAUACCCCUUUACCGUAUCCACUGAAACGCCACCACGGGCCAGCUUCUCCAGAGGCUCGCUGGUGGAUGCUACCAUCGAUGUGAGCCCCCUGUCUGUCGAUGUUGGGUAUCUUGGUAAGCUCGAACGGUCGGCCUCCUAUAAAGUAGCUUUCCCAGUGCUUUCAUGCCUUUUUUCUUCACCCACACUCACUACACUAAUACACCGGAUAUCUCCGAUUUCACUCGUUUCAACGACCUCCAACGCCCGUACCUAAUACCAACGUACUUAAUCCCAACCCUCACAAUCAAGAUGCGUUCCUUCGCUGUCAUCGCUGCUAUCAGCGCCAUUGGCGCCCAGGCCAUGCCUGACUACUACCCCGUCGCUGAGUCCUCCUCGACUCCCGUCUACGAGGCCACCACCCCUGCCUACGCUGCCUCCACUCCCGUCUACAAGACCAGCUCUGCCUACGAGGCUUACCCCGUCUCCUCCUCCACCAAGUACCCUGCCUACGCCGUUGAGUCUUCCUCCGCCAAGUACGAGGCUUCCACCCCCGUCGCCGAGAAGCCCUCUUCCAAGCCUGUCACCCCCCACCAACGGCACUGUUCCCCACUACUCUGCUCCUCAGGGAACUGCCACUGGUGUCCCCACCACCACCAAGCCCUCUACUCCUGAGUUCACUGGCGCUGCUGCCCAGGCCGGUGUUGGCCUUCUCGCCGUUGUCGGUGCCCUCGCUGCUUUCUUGUAAGCAGUUCAAGAUG